AUGCCUACAGCCAACCUAGAAAGAAAGAAUAAUAGUAAAAAAUCUACCAUCCGAUUAUUUUUCGCAUUAACGAGGCGGCGGACAUGGCGGCAGCGGAGCAUACCUUCCCUCGAAGAGGGUCUCCGGGCAGCCUCCGGGAAGCUGGACCUCGCUGCUCCGGUGCCGUCCGCUCCUGAUCCUGCCGGGUAUGAUAUUUUUCCUCAUUGCUUUGUAGCUGUGACACCAUUUGAGAUGAAUAAUCAAACAGAUGUCAUGGAAUUAAUCUUCUUGGGAUUUUCCAACCACCCCAAUCUACAGGGGCUGUUCUUCCUGGUCAUUUACCUGACAACUCUCCUGGGGAACAUGCUCAUAAUAAUGGCCAUCAGGGUCAGUCCUGCCCUUCAAACUUCUAUGUAUUAUUUUCUCAGUAAUCUCAGCUUCUUGGACAUCUGCUACACAUCCACUACCAUCCCAGUCAUGCUAGUGAACGUCUUCCUGGAGAAAAAGACCAUCUCGUAUGAAGGUUGCCUUUCCCAGAUGUUCUUCCUCGUGACCUGUGCUGGCACUGAGGGUGUCUUAUUUGCUACUAUGGCUUAUGACCGCUAUGGAGCCAUCUGCCACACUCUUCAAUAUGCAGUCCUCAUGAGCGUGAAGGUCUGUGUGUGUUUGGUGACUGGAUCCUGGCUAUGUGAGCUGGUGAUUUUUCUGACACACACACAACAGGCAGCCACACUCACUCUGUGUGGGUCCAACCAGAUCAGCCACUUCCUCUAUGACAUCCCACUGCUCCUGAACCUCUCCUGCUCAGACACCUCCAUCGGUGAGUCUGUGCUCCAUGCAGCCAGUGCCACCAUUGGUCUGAGCUCCUGCCUGUUUACUGCAGUGUCCUACAUACUCAUCAUCUCUGCCAUCCUGAGGAUUCCCUCUGCUCAAGGCAGAAGUAAGGCCUUCUCUACUUGUGCUUCCCACCUCACUGUGGUGGUGAUCUUAUUUGGAAUGUCCAACUUCAACUAUGACUGACCCAAUGUAGGCUACAACCUGGAAAUAGACAUCCUGGUCUCUGUGCUCUUCUGUGUUAUGACCUCCAUGUUGAACCCCAUCAUCUAUAGCCUGAGAAACAAGGAGGUCAAAGGGGCCCUGAAGAAGCUGGCUGGAGAACAUGUAUUCUCCAGUAAGAUCAGUGAUUAGAUCAAUGUUUUUCAUUCUGGGGAAUGAUUCUU